AUGGACCCCGCUGCAUGCGCCACGGCGGCAGCCGCGCGCCCGCCGCUCCCCAUCUCGCGCCGCUGCCGGCCCCGGCCCCCUUCCGCCGGACACGUGCACGCCCGCCACGGCGCCAGCUCCUCCUCCAUCGCGUCCCUGAUCCAGAUCCCCUCCACCGCGGCCUCCUUCCACCUCCUCUCCUCUCCAAACGGCAUGGCCGGCUUCCCGAGGGCCGGUGGCUAUGACGCCAUGGCCGGAUCCGGCGAUGACGAGGACGAGGAGGCCAUGAAGAGCCUCUACGCCGGCGCGGCCCCCGCCCCCGCAGAGGAGGAGGGGGAGGGGCCGCAGCUCCCCGGCACCGGCGACGAGGUCGAAGGUAACGCGCCCUCCUCGCUCGCUGCUUCUCCGGCGUGGAUGGGUUCGAUUGGGUUGACUUGGGCGUUGACUUGGUUCUUCGUUUGUCCCACGGUGCACUACACAGGGACGCUGGCGGAUGGCACCAAGUUCGACUCCAGCCGGGAUCGCGACGCCCCAUUCAGGUUCACCCUCGGCGAAGGUACCGCUGCGCUCUGA